AUGAAUGAAACAUUUACUUUAUAUAAUCAAAAUUCUGAAUAUAAUCAUGAAUCAAUUCUAAGUCAAAUUGUUUAUACUGAAAAUAAAAAUGGAUUCUAUGCAUCGGAAACAACCAUGACUAAUUCAUUAAAUCAUCUAAAUAAUGAUCUACAAAAUACUGUAUUAUUCAAAUCAUGUACAAUAAAAUCUAAUAUAAAAGAUGUUGAUCAUGAUAAUAAAGAUAUUUCAUUAAAUCAUUUUAAUAAUGAUUAUCCAUUAGCUCAUUCCUCUCCAAAUUCAUUUAUAAAUGCUCCUCAAUGUGCUGGAUGCAAACAAUUGGUAAUGGAUCGAACUAUUCUACAAGUUCUUAAUCAGAGUUGGCACGUAAACUGUUUGAAAUGUAUGGAUUGUGGUACUUCAUUAUCAGAGAAAUGUUUUGUACGAACAGAUGAACUGUACUGUAAAGAAGACUUUUUUCGUCGCUUUGGAACAAAAUGUGCAGGUUGUGAUAAAGGUAUUCCACCAAUGGAAGUUGUUCGGACAGCUCAAGAAAAUGUAUAUCACUUAGAUUGUUUUUCAUGUGUCAGCUGUGCUCGUAUGUUAAAUACAGGCGAUGAAUUCUAUCUAUUACGUGAUCGAAAACUAAUGUGCAAGUCAGAUUUUGAAACUGCUAAAGCUCGAGAAGCAGAAUUAGACAAUGCUAAUAAACGUCCUAGAACAACUAUUUCAGCUAAACAACUGGAAGCACUUAAAAGAGUCUAUGGUGAAAGUCCAAAACCGGUACGUCAUAUCAGAGAACAACUUAGUGAAGAGACUGGUUUAGAUAUGCGUGUAGUACAAGUAUGGUUUCAAAAUCGUAGGGCAAAAGAGAAAAGAUUAAAAAAAGAUGCUGGAAGGAAUAUCUGGUCAAUUUCUGACUCUUUAUUAAUCAGUAGUGCAAAUACAAGUACUAAUAGUAAUACACCUGUUUGUAUGAACGAACCAUACUUAUUUUCAACAUGUUCAAAUGAUUUAGAUAAAAGUUCUGCACCAUACUGCGGUGAUAAUUCAAUUAUAUUAGAUGAUUCAACUAGUGGAGAUGAAUAUCUAUCUAAGGAUGAAUUUCAGGGUUCUGGUUCAAGUGAUACAGACAGCAACUGUUCAGAGGAACCUGAAGAUUUGAAUCAGUCUUUAAAUUUCUCCGUUGUAUGCGAUCCUAUACAUUCGAAGCAUACUACAGAUAUACCAACCACUGAAAAGUUAUCAUUAAAUAAAGAUGAAUUCCUAACUCAUGACAAUAAAUCUGCAAUUUUUCAGGCAUUUUCAAAGUCUACUUUAUACGAGAACCAUUCAGCUCACGAUUUAGUUUCAACAAAAGCAGAACAAGUACAUGAUGUAAAGUUCCAUGGUUAUACUCAAACAUGGUUAUCCACUCCACGGCCUCUUCAAAAUCAAGGCUUUUCAAUUGACAAUCAGUCGUUCAAACCAGAUAAUGAUAAUAUUAUCUUAAAACACAGUAUAGAAAAUAUCAGUAUUUUAAAUGAAUCAGACAAUAAAAAUCAUAACAUUUUACGUUUUGCAUCAAAUCCAUUUGUUUCAAGUUGCAUUAGCUUGAAUAAGCAAGUUGUAUCUAACAGUGAAUUGUCAACAAAAGAAACAUAUUUACAGCCUGUUGACUUCUAUCCUUAUUGUCUAAAUGCAAGCAGUCUUUCACAAUACGGUAUUCCACAAUCAAGUUCAUCAUAAAUAAUCCUGCUUAAAAAUUAACCCAAUAAUAAUGGUAUACCAUCACACAAAAUGAUGUGAUUCAUACGAUCCUCUUGUAGUUAUCAGAAUAUAUUACGGCAAACAUUUUGCUUAUCAUUUACAAAACUAAUAACAGAUUAUGGACAUAAAAA